AUCUUCACGCAGCUGUCUAGGGUUUUUCGCCUCUUUCUCAACUCUCUCUCGAAAACCUAGCAGUCGUCUCUUUCUUAGUUCUCCAUGGGCAAGUCUAAAUCCGCCACCAAAGUUGUUGCAGCUCCUGCUGCCACUAAGCCUUUGAAGAAAGGUAAGAGAGAGCCUGAGGAUGAUGUUGAUACCAAAGUGAGUCUAAAGAAGCAGAAGAAAGACGUGAUUGCUGCUGUUCAAAAGGAAAAAGCUGUGAAGAACGUACCUAAGAAGGUUGAGAGCUCUGACUCAUCAGAUUCUGAAUCUGAGGAAGAUGAGAAGGCUAAGAAAGUUCCAGCCAAGAAGGCUGCUUCAAGCAGUGAUGACUCAUCUGAUGACUCUUCUUCAGAUGAUGAGCCUGCACCCAAGAAGGCCGUAGCUGCUACUAACGGAACUGUUGCUAAGAAGUCUAAGGAUGACUCAUCUUCUGAUGAUGAUUCGUCAGACGAGGAAGUUGCUGCAACCAAGAAGCCUGCUGCUGCUGCUGCUAAAAAGGCCAAGGCUGAGAGUUCGUCUGAAGAUGAUUCAUCUUCUGAAGAAGAACCUGCAAAGAAACCAGCUGCUAAGACUGCCAAGCCAGCUGCUAAAGAUUCUUCUUCCUCUGAUGAGGACUCAGAUGAUGAUUCUGAGGAUGAGAAGCCUGCUACCAAGAAAGCAGCUCCUGCUGCUACCAAGGCUGCAAGCACCUCAGAUUCAUCAGAAGAAGAUUCUGAUGAGGAAAGUGAAGAUGAGAAACCUACCCAGAAGAAGGCUGAUACUAAGACUGCUAAAAAGGAGAGCAGUAGUGAUGAUUCUAGCGAAUCUGAGGAAUCUGAGAGUGAAGACGAGAAAGAAACCCCAAUGAAAAAGAGCUCUGAUGUAGAAAUGGUUGAUGCUGAGAAAUCAAGUGCUAAACAGCCAAAGACACCUUCCACUCCUGCUGCUGGUGGAUCAAAGACACUCUUUGCUGCCAAUCUUUCUUUCAAUAUUGAAAGAUCAGAUGUCGAGAAUUUCUUCAAAGAAGUUGGUGAAGUUGUUGAUGUUAGAUUCUCUACCAAUAGAGAUGAUGGUAGUUUCAGGGGAUUUGGCCAUGUUGAGUUCGCUUCUUCCGAAGAAGCACAGAAGGCGCUGGAAUUCCACGGUAGGCCUUUGCUCGGUCGUGAGAUUCGUCUUGAUAUUGCUCAGGAGAGAGGUGAGAGAGGCGAGAGACCUGCAUACACUCCACAAAGCGGCAACUAUAAAAGUGGUGGUGAUGGUGGUGAUGAAAAAAAGGUUUUCGUUAAGGGAUUUGACUCUUCACUUUCUGAGGAUGAUAUCAGGAACGCUUUGACUGAACAUUUCAGUUCAUGUGGAGAGAUCAAAAGUGUAUCUGUUCCAAUGGACCGUGAUACUGGCAACUCCAAAGGUAUUGCUUACGUCGCCUUUUCAGAAGGCAAAGAGAAGGCGUUGGAAUUAAAUGGAAGUGACAUGGGAGGAUGGAGUUUAGUAGUCGAUGAGCCUAGACCACGAGAUAACAGUGGUGGUGGAUUUGGAAGGGGUAACGGUCGUUUUGGUAACAGUGGUGGCAGAGGAAGAGAUGGAGGCCGUGGUCGUUUUGGUAACAGUGGUGGCAGGGGAAGAGAUGGAGGCCGUGGUCGUUUUGGCAGUGGUGGUGGCAGGGGAAGAGAUGGUGGUCGUGGAAAACCUAGUUUUUCAGGUAAAAAGACUACCUUCGGUGAUUUCGAGUAGAAGCUUCUGUAGAAGAAAAGUCUCUUCAUAUG